CAAAACAAAAGCCACACAUUUCAGCCAACAGGCGCUGGUCGCUUUUUAUUUUUUUGUAAACCAAAACAAAUUUGAUUCAUUAUUCAUAUCUAUUUCUGUUUAACAGCAAUAUUAUAAAAGUUCUGCAUCAUGCCCAGUAGCACGUCUUUGCUGGAGACCGACGAGGGAGAGUCCGAGGUCCCACCGCCGCUAGUGCACGCUUUCGCCGGUAUGGGCCUUGACGAGCACCACGGCACCCAGAGCCAAACCCCCGAACAAGGAGAUGAAAGCCUCUCCUUUCACCACCUCCACCAACUGCCCCCGGUUUCUCACUUCAGCCUCCUCGGUACGGUGCUAGACUUGAAGCCGCUGCCUCUGCAUCGGCCGCCCUCUGGAGAUGAAGUGAACACAACGACGGUGCCCGAGGACGAAGAGCCGGAGGUUGUUGCCGCCGUCGAUUCCUCGGGUUGCACCGGCAGUUCGUUGCUAGCGCAGGCCCACCGCCACCAACACCUCGCGUCGGGGCCGAGUGGCUCUGUGAUGCCGUCCAGGAUGGAGCCACCGCACGUCGAGACGGUAUUGUUGUACAACGGAGAUGAGCAGGAUGAUACUGGGGUCGGCGGCAGCGCCCUACCACCGGCUAGCAGCAUGGCGAUGCUGCCGUCCGGCGUGUACGGGGAGUCGGGCUAUGAGGCCGAACCUUCGCUGUUGACUCGGCGAAAGAGCGUCAACACGACCGAGUGUGUGGCCGUGCCGAGCUCGGAGCACGUCGCGGAGAUUGUGGGCAGACAGGGCUGUAAGAUUAAGGCACUUCGAGCCAAGACCAACACCUACAUUAAGACACCAGUGAGGGGUGAGCAGCCUGUCUUUGUUGUGACAGGGCGCAAAGAAGACGUGGCCAUGGCAAAGAGGGAGAUCCUGUCUGCAGCAGAGCACUUCUCCCUCAUCAGAGCAUCUCGAAACAAGACGGGCCCUCUGGCCGCUGUAACUGGUCCAGGGACACCCACUCUACCUGGACAGACAACCAUUCAGGUGCGGGUGCCCUAUCGUGUUGUUGGGCUGGUUGUGGGUCCCAAAGGUGCAACCAUCAAACGCAUUCAGCAACAGACUCACACCUACAUUGUGACGCCAAGUCGAGACAAAGAGCCUGUGUUCGAGGUCACCGGGAUGCCGGAGAAUGUGGACCGAGCGAGGGAGGAGAUAGAGGCACACAUCGCCCUCCGCACUGGAACCUGUGGGGGUAUUGAGGCUCCAGGUGUAGACAACAAUGACUUUCAAUUCAACGGGACAGACGUCAGCUUUGAGAGUUCUGCAACACCAGUUGGGUUGGGGAAGGCUGGGUGGCUUCAUGCAGGUGCAUCAUCACCAGGUGGUAGUGGCGGCUUGCUGCCCAUGAGCAUCAAUGGUACUAAGCGAAUCAAUAGCAAUAUUAACAAUGGUGUCAGGAUGUCUUCCACCUACCGCAACGACAGCUCCAGUUCCCUUGGCAGCGGCUCCAGCUCAGCUGAUUCUUUCUACGGCAGCGGGAAUGGUAACAGGAUGGCAGAUUUCAGCCCGACCUGUCCGUUCAAUGCCAAUGCUAACAACAACAACAACAUUAAUGCUGGCAGUACAACUUUAUGGUUUGGUGAGAGUCUUCUUCCUGUGGGGUCCGAGGAGCUGGUCAGCCUGGGAGGUGGAGGCUCCUCCUCAGGAUUUGACCCACUAACCAUCUCCACUGCCCAAGCCUCACACCCUGCUGCACAGCCACACAUCUGGAGCCCCUUUGUGGACCACCAACCCCUCCAGGCCCUCGAUGUUCUUCAGUCUCAGACUAGUCAGCCUGGGACUCCCCGGCUCUCUCCAACCUUCCCUGGGACAGAAGCCUUGGAGCACCCUCAGGCCCAGCGUGUUCACCGAGGGCCUUUUGGCUCAGCUGGGACCCUUGAUGCCCACAGGUUCCCCUCCUAUGGCUCGGCCUUCUCCUCUUCCAGUGAAAGCACCGCCUCCUCCUCUUCCCCUCCUGAAUCCUCCCUCUCCUAUCGACCAGGGCUCGGAUCAGCAGCAGGGAGAGGACAGGAGAUAUGUAUCCACUGUAUGGAUAACCAGGUGAUCGCUGCCUUGGUUCCCUGUGGCCAUAACCUCUUCUGUCUAGAUUGUGCCACCCAGAUCUGCCAGGGUCCAGAAGCUGUGUGCCCUGUGUGCCUGUCCCAGGUCACACAGGCCAUUCAGCUCCGUAACAUGUGAUUUUAAUCCAUUUACCUUGACGCCAGGUGAGGGAUCGGCCUCCCCAACACUUCCAACUCAUAAUAUGUGUGGGGAAAUUACAAAACUGACCCCGAAUCAGUGUCUCACCCAGUUGUGUCCUCACCCAGGUUUUGUCCAAGCUGGUGUUGACAAAAGUGAGGAAGAAUAGGUGAAUAAGGAAUGAUCUGUAUUUAGGGUAUGGGUUAGGGUCUACAGCCCAUUCACAUGCCUGCUAUUGUGAAGUCUUCUUCCUUGAUUGAUAGAUCAAUGGGAGGGUAAAAAGCCCUCUAUGUAGCAUCAGGUGGGGUGGGAUAUAUAUAUAUAUUUUUUUCUCAUCAUGAUUUUUGAUUUACAUUUCCUUCUCCCUGAAACAUCUAAUUAUCAGUUUUUGCCUACCUAUAUUUUAUUUCAUUUUUUAAAUGUUCUUGAACUCUAUUAGAACUCUGUUGAACUCCAUCAGAUUCAAAAUAUUGACUGUUAGGGUCAGUUUUUUUUUUUUUUUUUUUUAAAUGUCUACAUCUCAAAAGUUUUUUUUAAACUUUUGCUGCUACAGUUGUUUUAUGUGCUGAAAUAUGGCCCAGCCCCUUUGCCUCUCAAUUAUUGUGCUCAUGACAGGAAACUGAGGAAAAAGGAAGAGGUGAGCAUGUUUACAAAUAGUGAGUCCAACAUAUGAAUAUGUAUACAUUAAUAGUAUUCUCCUUGUUACCACAGCAUUUGAAUGCCUAUCACAGUAAACUGGAUAUGAACACAUGCUACAUUAUCCUGGCAAAUGCCACUCUGUCCCAGACAAUUUGCAUAAUUUAACUACUUUAAACAGGAUACAAUGUUUACAUGCUCACAAUCAUAAAUCAGAAUUUUUAUUAUUACUGAUUACUGAUAUCAACAGUAUAUUGAUACACAUGCAAACACAACCACAGAGAGUUUUUAAACCAAGUGGGUCAAACCCACACCUGCAAAGUUGUCACUCCCCAGUGGCAACCUCUUGUUGCCACAGGUUUCUUUCUCUCCAGACUGGAACCAGCAAGUGAGUAACUCCUUUUUGUAGAAUACCAGGAUGUUGCACCACUUCAGUACCGCCACGUUGCUUUCAAUUUCUACUUAAAAAAAUGUUUACUGUAAACUUGUGCCUAAUUCCGUUCUGAGUAAACAAAAAGAAACAACUGGUUCAGCGGACACACGGUGUUGCUCUGUCUUAAAACAAACUUGUGGCCUUUUUUAGAAAGCCUGUAAUUAACUAACAACACUAUCUACAAAUCCAGAUCUUGGCUCGAAAGAACACAAGCUGACAGACUGAAGUCUUAAUGUAUUUCUUCAAUCUCUUAAAUGCAUCUUGGUGGAACAAAGAUUAUAUCACAGGGAUGCUUUCUUUUGCUUCCUAUUUUGUUGAGCCUUUCACAAGUAUUUAACACCUACUGCUUUAUCUUUUUAACACUGAACACUCCCAUUUUCAUACUUUUUCCCUCUUAUUGUUUUUUCAUUUUUGCCUUUUUGUUUAAAUCGAUUUACACAUGGUUUGGGAAACCAUGUGCUGGGUUUCAGCCAGAAAGAUAUGCACAGCCUGUACCUUUUGGUAACAUUCCUCCUCCCCUGUAUUGCAGUCACUUUUGGAGAUGGUAUAAGUUAAAUUAAUACUUGAUCCUCACCUGGGAGCCAAAAGAGCUGAUAUUCUAUGAAAUGAUACUAUGAAGACAGAUGUAAUCUGGAACAAAUCCCCGUACUGUACAGACAGACAGCUGACAUUUCAGCCAUCUCAAUAGUAUCCUUUUUCUUUCACUUGAAUGUUCUUUCACUUGGACUGCUCCACCCUGUGGCCAUCUCGUCACAGCCAUUUUGUGUCCUUGUUGGUAAGCAGUCAGCAAAAUAAUUCCAUUGGGAUGCACAAUUGAGAUGGCGCCACCUCAAUCACUUAACUUGUUAUUUAGUCCCAUAUUUCAUUUACCAGGCCUAUGCAAAAAUCGUCUCAGUAUGGUAACUACUAGAGGAAGCACUAGAUAAAUUAAACUCCUCGGGUUUUAUUUACAGAGCUCAAACAAUCUUGGACUUAAACUUGUAGACAGAUAUAUAUCCCUUCAGUUUUUUCUACUACAUUUCAGUCGGGGUUAACCUUCAUUACCUGCUUUAAUGCACUGAUGAGAUGUUUGGUACACAGUUUGCUUCUUGUGUUUCAUCAGUUCUUUUGCUUUUGUCCUGUGCCCAAAUAAGCACAGCCUUCCCCACUUCUUAUCACACUAUUGACUGGCUGGGACUCCAAACACAUUUGGAUUUUGGUUUUUCUUUCCUUAAACGUGUGCAUCUGUCCACUCCUCUUCCUGAAAAGUGAAGAAAAGGUACAAAUUGGUGGAAAUCAUCUCAAAUCUUAGCUUUAAACACCAGUGUUUCUCUAGACUUUGUUUUACAGGAUUGACUGAGUUAAUGGACAUUUCAAAGGGGAAGCAGCUGGAAUGAUUUAAUCUUGGACUGUGCUGACACUACAUAAGGUCAAUACUAUUGCUUUACCGUGUGGACUUUGGACCACAGUCCUUCUAGCAUUCCAGCUGUAAACAGUAUUUGGGAGUUAUUUCAUCGCUUAGCUCUGUUUCUUAAAUAUCUUCUCUUACAUGGAUGAUUGAGCUUUCUUGGGGAAAUGGAACCAAAUGAGUCCCAAAAGUGCAAAAAACCCAUCUGCUUCUGCUCCCUCGGGUCUUCUAUCCGUCCUUUUAUUUUACUUCUCUUAGCUCUACAAAGGGCCGAUCUCUCUUUUUGCUCUCUUUCUCUUUGAGGGAAUGCAAUACCCUGUCGGCCCUGAGUUUGACAUGAAUCUAUUGACAUUUUUGUGUAUGUAUUAUAUAAUAUUACUGUUAAUGACUGAUAAAUAUACAGAACUUAUUUUUAUUUUGUUACAUUUCAUAUAUAUACAUAAAUAUAUCUAUAUUAAAAUGUUUACAGUAAGAUUUUUUAAUUUUUUUUUACUUUUCUCUGAGUGAUUAAGUGAAGAGUUGGAAACCCAGAAAUGUUGCAGGAGAGUGUCAAUGCUAUCUGCUUGUAGUCUAGUUAUUAGUUUACAGUAUUGAUGAUAAUAGUAUUGAUAGCUGCAGUUUAACCUAGUGGAAAAUGGAAUGUGCAUCGCGAGCAUGUCUUCAUAAUGUACCGCCAAUGUAAAACGUCACACUGCAACUGUAAAAAGGCCAAGGAUUCAAGCUGCCUGUCACGUCUGUACGCCACCAAAUUAAGAACGGUAUACUGUAAAAUGUAUCUUAGUUUAUCUAUGUAUAAAUACAUAUAUUGUUAAGCUGUACCAACAGUUCAAAGUAUUUGCUAAUUUUACUACACUUUUGUUAUGUAUAUGUGGGGGGAGUCUUAUGGCAUAUAAAUUCUUCAAAUUGAGUCAGGAGUUUAAAAGCAGACUAUAUUUUAUAAUGGCCUUUUAAGUUAUUGCGGCCAAAGCACUGAUAUUAUAUAUUUGCUGUAAAGAGAAUUUAAGAGUUUUAUUUUUCUGAUAUUAAAGUUACUUAAUAAAGACUUUCAU